CCUUCAAAUAAGCUGUGAAGUGUAAGGAAAAAUGUCACAAUAGGAAAAGCAAUGAUGGCUGCUGUAAAGGUCAUCAACUUUACAAAUACUCCUGCAUUCUUUGAGAUCCACAAUUGCAUUGAAAUAUUUUUGUUUUCAUCAGUCAUUUUACUUUAUUGAACAAGAAAAAGGAAUAAAGACAGUCCGCCGCUUGAUUUUUCUUUUUUAUUUAAUGAUUAAUCCCCGUGUGUUCUUCGACAUUGACAUUGAUGGCAACAGAAUUGGUAGAAUAGUAUUUGAACUAUUUGCCGAUCAAGUGCCUAAAACGGCAGAAAACUUUCGUGCACUCUGUACAGGAGAAAAAGGGCUUGGAAAAGUAAGCAAUAUGCCCUUACAUUACAAAGGAUCUAUAUUCCACAGAAUCAUCAAGGGCUUCAUGUGUCAAGGAGGCGACUUUACGCGCCGUAACGGCACGGGUGGUGAAAGCAUUUAUGGCGCUACGUUCUCUGAUGAAUCCUUUGCUAGAAAACAUGAUACUCACGGUUUACUGAGUAUGGCUAAUCGUGGACCAAAUACUCAAUCAUCGCAAUUCUUCAUUACCACACGACCCACACCUCAUCUUGAUGGUAAACAUGUCGUCUUUGGAAAAGUGGUUUCUGGUUACAAUAUUGUAGAAAUGAUGGAAAAUGAGCCAGUUGAUGAUAAUGAUAGACCUCUUCAUAAUGUCAUGAUUGCCAACUGUGGUGAAUUAGUAUUAAAAUUGCCUCCAGGAACAAUAAUCAAGGGCGGAAAAAUCAAAAAAGUCGAUGAUAAAAGUGAUGAUAGUGAGGAUAGCGAUAGUGAUAGUAGAAGUAGUAGUAGUGAUAAAAGAAAAAAGCGAGCUCGUUCGGAUGAAAGCGGCAGUGAUUCCGAAGAAGAAAGGAAGAAACGAAAAAAGAAGCAUCGCAAACAUUCUAAAAAGGAGGAUAAGAAGAGAAAAAAGAAGAAAGAAUCUAAAAGAAGAGAUAGCUCAGUUGAAUAUAAAGAGAGAAAGGAUAGUUCAGUAGGUCAUGAUAAAAAAGAAGAAAGACGUCAUCAGACAUCGCCUGAUAGACGACAGCCGACUGAAAGGCGUAGUCGACCAAGAUUGAACUACUAUGAUCCAAAUGUAGAAGUCAAAGGCCGUGGUCGCUUUAAAUAUCGACCUCUGAAAUAAAC